AUGGAAAUUUGGGCGAUGAAGAAUAAUUACGAUUUCCUUGUUACCAAAUCAACGAAAAAGUGGUGGUCUAUACGAUGUAAGGAUAAUACGUGCAACUGGACUGUGCGUGCGGAAUGUGUUGAUGGGUCUACAUAUUUCAUGAUCAAUAAGUGUGUGGGUAUACACUCAUGUGCUCCUUCAAAGAAAAGCAACUUCGGAAAAACGGCGUCGGCAAGAACUAUUGGAAAGCUGAUACAACAUCGAUUUGAUGAUGCCAAUGAUGGCCCCAAAGCAAACGACAUCAUUCAGUUUAUGAGGCUAGAACAUAGCUGCGAAAUUACUUAUUGGCACGCUUGGGAAGCUCGUGAGUAUGCAAUUGCAGCUGUUAGAGGUAUACCAGACGAAAGUUAUGCAAAGAUACCAAAAUAUUUGCAUAUGAUUAAAGAAGCUAAUCCUGGUACACACACUCACUAUGAAACUAAGAAGGAUGGUAGAUUCAUGUAUCUAUUUAUGUCGUUUGGGCAAUCAGUUAGAGGAUUUCACAGUCAUAUGCGUAGGGUGAUUGUUGUUGAUGGAACUUUUCUGAAAAAUAAAUAUAAAGGAGUUCUACUUGUUGCUACAGCUGUAGAUGGUAACUCCAACUUGUAUCCAAUUGCAUUUGGAGUUGCUGAUUCAGAGAAUGAAGAAUCAUGGGAGUGGUUCUUCAGACAGUUGAGUGUGGUUAUUCCUGACUGUAAAGACUUAGCUUUUGUGUCAGAUAGACAUGCGUCAAUUGCUAAAGCAAUCAGGGAUGUCUACCCACGAUCAAAGCACGGAAUUUGUAUACACCACUUGCUGACCAAUGUGGUUAAAUUCUUCAGGACAAAGGGGUUCACUGCCUUGGUCGAGAAGGCUUCAAAGGCAUAUAGGUAUAGUGAAUUUCAGGAACGUUUCACAGAAAUUGUUGAUAUCAGUCCGGCACUUGGAAGAUAUCUACAAGAGGCUGAUGUGAGAAAAUGGGCUCGUUCUCUCUUCCCUGGAUCCAGGUAUGACAUCAGGACCAAUAACCCAGCCGAGUCGAUUAAUUCAGCUCUGAGAUCUCCUAGACAAUAUCCAGUAAUUCCUUUGCUAGAUAGUAUAAGAGAAAUGAUGACCCGAUGGUUCUAUGAGCGUCGCAUGUUAAGCUCCAAACAUAUUGAUCCUUUAACCGUUAAGGUGGAGAAAAAGAUUUAUAGGAGAAUCGUGAAGGCUCGAGGGUUUCAGGUUCAGAAGGUUGACAACUUCAGAUCACUUGUUAAAGGAGACAUAUAUGAUUGUCAUGUUGAUCUGGAAACCAGAACAUGCACAUGUGGGAAAUUUGAUUUAGGAAAAAUUCCAUGCAGACACGCCAUUCCUGCAAUUUAUUCUCGAAGUAUGGAAGUAUGGAAGUACACCGAUUUACUGGGCGUCUAUAGCACUGCAACGUGGAGAGCUGCCUACGCGGAAUCCAUUAAUCCCAUACCAGUUCCAAAGGCUGAAUGGAAUGUCCCAGAUGAGGUUAAACUUGCGAAGAUCUUACCACCAGAGUCAAGAAAGAGUGCUGGUAGACCAGUAAAGAGAAGGUAUGAAACAAUAGAAGACAAGAUUAGAUCUUCUCAAGGAUCAACAAAGAAGAAAAAGCACAAGUGCAGCCGGUGUGGUAUGGAGGGACACAAGAGAGGAACAUGUGAUAAACCUAUCUAG